CCCGGAAGUGCGGGUGGACCAGCAGCGAAGGUAAACAUGGCUCGUUGUGUCCUGUGCAGAGCUGUCGGUGUAUUUCAGCUCAGCAGGACUCCGACACUCCUGACAGGGACGCGUUUGUACUCUCAGACUGAACCGGAGCCGCCGACAGUGAGACAACAAAACGACGGAAUAAGGAGAAUAAUAUUGAACAAUCCCAAGAAGAGGAAUGCUCUGUCUUUGUCCAUGCUGGAAUCCCUCAGAGAAAACAUCCUAACUGAUGUCAACAGUGAUGAUCUCAGAGUUAUUAUCAUUUCAGCCAAAGGUCCAGUGUUUUCCUCUGGACAUGACCUGAAGGAGCUGACGUCAGCUCAUGGCAGAGAAUAUCACACAAGGGUGUUUCACACCUGUGCAGAGGUCAUGACUCUCAUACAAGACAUACCUGUCCCAGUGAUCGCCAUGGUGAAUGGUGUUGCCACCGCGGCUGGUUGCCAGCUCGUUGCCAGCUGUGACAUUGCCGUGGCCACGGAGAAGUCCACCUUCGCCACUCCGGGCGUCAACGUGGGUCUGUUCUGCUCCACGCCGGCGGUGGCCAUCGGCAGAGCUGUGCCGAGGAAGAUUGCGAUGGAGAUGCUGUUCACAGGAGCUCCCAUCUCCGCCCAUGAUGCUUUGUUGCACGGUCUGGUCAGUAAGGUGGUGCCGGAGGAACAACUGGAGGAGGAGACAUUAGCCAUCGCCCAGCGGGUGUGUCAGGCUAGCCGACCUGUUGUAGCCCUCGGCAAGGCCACUUUCCAAAGACAAAUGGCUCAAGGACGAGAUGCAGCGUAUGCUACCGCCUCCAAGGUGAUGGUUGACAACCUGGCUCUAAGAGACGGACAGGAGGGGAUCCAGGCCUUCAUAGAGAAACGCAAGCCAGUGUGGAGUCAUAAAGCAGAAAAGGCCCAUGACAGAUGAACAGGAGAUCACUGCAAUGAGCUCGUCAUUAUCCUUACUGGUACACAUGGUUUUCAGAUACCUGUGUGGAGUAAUUAGCACCAGUCACAAGCCAAUGUAUGGGCUAUGCUACUAGUGAAAUGUGAAAUUUAAAUUAAAUAGUUGACUUGUUAAUUUCCUCCUUUUUGGUGAGACUAAAGAUAAGUAGCAGAACCAUUGUGUGCCUUGCAAGCUGGAGUGUGGACACGAGAAGGAAAUACACUCUUAUCAUCCAGAGGACCCAACAUGUUAAAUGACACAAUGGACUCAAAUCUUAAGAAUACUGCUCUCUGUAUGUAUAAAGUUAAAUGCAAAAAAUAAGGUUACAGAUUGGUAGGAGUUUUGUCAAACAUCCAGCGUUCUGUAAAUAAAAGUGUACUUAAUUUUUUGCCGAACAAUGGUAGUUGACGUAUGGUUUGAACUCGUCCAAGGCUUGGAUGGACAUGAAAAUAUUACAGCAAAGUAAUAUCUGGUUCUAUGAUAAAAUGUGAUAGGUACAAGCAUGUGUGAUUUAAAAAGUAAGGAGAUAAUUUUGUAUUGUGGGGUGUUUUUUUCCCCCCAUUUAAAAUUUAUACAGUUCUGAUUGACUUUACUGGCAACAGCAGCUGUACCAAACUGAGUGUAAAAAAAAGCGAUGUUGGAGUAAUUAAAAAUUAUUAUCAAAUGAUAAUAAAGCUAUACAAUCAAUAACUAGUCAUUAUAUUAGUAUCCUCAGGACACUGAACUUUGUAAUGGGAAAUGUUUCAAACAAAUACUUCCAAUUGAAGUCCUACAAGGUUGCCAUCAAGUAUGAUUAAAAGCCACACAUUUCACAAUACACAAAGGACAGUACAAGUAUAUGAAAUUGACAAUUUUUAGUUAGGCCUCCAGUAGUUGAUUGGCUACCAGCUGACAUGUCUUAGUCAUAAAUGUACUUAGGUGAAAACCAAGAUAUUUUCAAUAAAAAAUGUAAAGUA